CGGUUCUCGCUUCGCCGUUACGCCGUCUGUUCUUAUCCGUCUUUUUCCCCAAUCGAUAUCUAUCUAUCUAUCCAAGUAUAUAUCACCCAAAACCGCUCCUCUCCCUUGAUCCGUUCCCUCCUCUCGUCCUUCGUCUUCCUUCUCCUCCCUCUCUCUCUCGAUAUCUUUAUUCCCUUCUUCGAAACCCUAAUCGCAAAUCCGAUGGAAUAUGAGCCCGCUUCGUCUUUCAAGAACAAGCUCCGGUCCUCGAUCUGCUUCCCCUGCUGCUUCCGCGGGGCCGGCUUCGAGAGUCCGGUUGCCGGCGCCGCCACCGACGAGGAGCGGCCGCUAUCGCUGAUCCGAUCGUCGUCCGUGUGGCUUCGGUCCAAGGCGCAGGAGCUGCCGGAGAUCAAGGACCGCUGCUGUAGCCUCAUCUCGCGGAUGGGGCGGCAGCGCCGCCAUUCGGGCGGCUUCAGGUACGAUCCCCUGAGCUACGCCCUCAACUUCGACGAGGGGUUCGAGGACGACGCCCUUGCCGACGAGGAGUUCCGGUACCGUAACUUCUCCUCCCGCCUCCCGGCGUCCCCCCCGCCGCCGCCGUCGUCGUCGACGGCCAUCGGGAUCGCGUGCUAGGAUUCUCGAAGCUGCUGUUGUGCUGUUUAUUUAAUUCUUCGAUCCGAUCGUGUGUUGUUUUGCGUGUAAACAUGUGUGUCCCGUUAACUAACGAUGAAGAGGAUUGAGGAUUGUGGCCUUCAUAGUUUCAUUUUCGUACUAUUCGUCACUCGUAUUGCUAGUCUUGAAGCGCGCGUGCCCUUAUCUCUCAUCCUUCCUGUCCCUGUGGCCCCAUCAAUUCUUUCUGGGGCUGCUAACGUGCGCCAGUAUUGGGUGUUUGCCCGCCAUUAACCGGCAGCUCGUGUUAUAUAUAUAUUUUUAGAUAAUUAAUUAAUUAAUUCAGUUAAUUCCACUGUUUUUGUUUUAAAAAAAAGGAAAAUAGUCUUGGUGGAUCGAGUCAAAUAGACCAGAAAUAUCUGCUUGGGUGAAAGACGAGAAGAAAAGUUAUCAUUGAAAGUGAAACGAGAAGGGAAAGAUUCCGGAUGAGCGAAGAAGAUAGCGAAGGGUGAUUCCUUGAGAGCUGAAACAGAGUUUUGGAAGCAGCAGCGCAGCCAAGAGCCGUGACGCAGGAUGAGAGGUGGUACCUGUAUGUGGAAAACGACAUUAAAAGCAAGAAGGGAAUUUUUCUUUUUUUUCUUUUUUUGGUGAAAUUGAAGGAAAAAGAGAAGAGGACGAAGGAUAAUCAUUUAAGAUGGGGUGUGGAGUGGGACCUAUCCAUGUAACUUUUUCUGGUAGUGGUCGGAUCCCUUCAUGUCCAAUGAUUGUAAUUUACUGUGGGAGAAGCGUGUUGUCAUGUGUGGCUUUAGGCAUUAGAGACGGGCUUCAUCUUUGGUCAUGGCAACAUGGAAGUGAGCCAAGCAAGAGCCUUCUUCUCAAUUCCAAUGCUAGCGGAAUUAUAUAAUAUUCUUGUAGAUAAGGCUAUAAGAGGAGGAUAUCCGUCAAAUUUUGUUUCCUGCUAAUAUACUCAAAGCUACUUAAAAAAUAGACAAAUUAAAGGGGCUUUGAUAAUUUGAUGGGCUGAGCAUAAAGUUUAGCCUUUCGACCCACUAGAUUACUUACCAUGAAUUGAAGGAGUUCUUAAAAUCA